GUCUAGUUGUCAGCUUGUUGUCGGCCAUUUUAUUUUUGUAUCGCCAUUUCGUUUCUUUUGUGAGAUGGAGGAUUGUGUGAUUUUAAAGUGAGAUAGAUAAUUAUUUUGAAGUUUAGAUGAAUUGUCUAAGAAAAUAAUCAAAUUGGAGAGAAGUACGGGGAAUAAAAGGUAUGAGUGAUGAUUAGUAAUGUAAGUAAAUAGUUAGUACGGCGCAAUGUUCACGACGAAUGCCGUGCAAACCGGCUCAGUCCCAACGCUGCAGUACCAAGACCAGAAGACGCAAGGCAAGAAUAUAGAGAAUACUCAGCAGAAGACCGCACAACAAACGCAACAGUCUCAGCCGCAGGAAUUUCCCACAUUCUGUUACACCACAUCAAACGUGAACAUGAUUGGUAAGAUUGGAUCAGGAGCAACCAGCACUUCCGGUGGAGUAUCCGGAGCCGUGAACAUCGCCCAGCUCACCACCAGUGAUGAUAAAACAUGCUAUAUUGCACAACCUUUCUCAUACAACUAUGCUCUGGUCAACCAGAUGCAGAUUGCUCCAAAUGGAAUACAGAAUACCAUAUCUAAUAUAAGUUUCAAAUGCGAUGUGUGUGGGCUUAUGUUUGGCCACCUUACACUACUCAAUGCACACAAAAGGAUACAUGCCCAGGAUUCAGAAGGCAACAUCACAGUUGUAGCCACAGGUGUUGGCGGCGGCAAUGAGGUUGCCAUGCCUCCUCACAUACAAAUUUUAUCUUCUGACACAUCUGAACAGCAACAGCACCAUGUUCAAUUGCAAGAUACCAAACCCAUACUGGUUGACAAAGUUCAGAAAUGCAUCACAUGUGGAGGGCCCAUCACCAGUAACCCUAAGAGGAAGGGACCUAAGCUCAUUCGUUGUGAAAACUGCAUUGCACAAGAUUCUGUUGAACAACAGAGAAACAAUCAAAUGAACGCCACCCAAAUAUUCGUGACGUCAGAAGACAACGUGAAGUUUGAAGUCGGCGGCGUGAGCGGGGUGCAGCCCACCUCUGAUCCCCUCGCCACGGCGCAGCCGCAGCAGCAGUCCCAGCAGCAAAAGCCUUUGCCCGGCCAUCACCCAGUGAAAAAGAGAAACCUCGCUUCCGUGACAAAGUGCCAGAACUGCAACGGCUCGGGCAUCAUAUUCGUAGGCGGCAACAAGAACAAGCUGAAUCAGUCCAACACCGACAAGCCCUUCCACUGCAAUAUCUGCGGCGGCUCCUUCUCUAGAUACUCCUCGCUGUGGUCGCACAAAAAGCUGCACUCUGGAGAGAAAAACUUUAAAUGUGGAAUAUGUGGCAUUGCUUUUGCGAAAGCCGUGUAUCUCAAGAAUCACUCCCGAAUUCAUACGGGAGAAAAACCCUAUAGGUGUAACACGUGUGGUAUGCAGUUCUCACAGUCGCCACAUCUGAAAAACCACGAGAGGACGCAUUCUGGAGAAAAACCAUAUGUUUGCGAGGUGUGCGACAAGGGCUUCGCGAGGCACGCCACGCUGUGGAACCACCGGCGGAUCCACACCGGGGAGAAGCCGUACAAAUGCGAUACCUGCGGCUCCGCGUUCAGUCAAGCCGCUCACUUGAAGAAUCACGCUAAAGUACACUCGGGCGAGAAACCGUUCAAGUGCGACAUUUGUACCGCCGCGUUUGCCGACCGAUUCGCGUUGAAGAGACAUAGAGGAAUCCACGAUAAGUAUGGUCAAACAACGCCGCUUCCAUCAAGAUUACAACAAAACCAGGCUGAGCUCGAGCAAGCGACGCAGCAAGCCGACCAGCAGAACUCACAACCAGCUGUGGAAGUGGAGCUACACGGCGACCAGACGCUCUGAGUCAUAUAAUCUUUUUAAUUUUUCAUACCCCACCCUACAUAGUAUUUUUUGGAAAUGUAACAAUGCCAUUGUAUUUCCGAGUCAUGAUCGGUACAAUGAUAGCGAGCACAAGGUUUUACGAAUCACAUGUUAAUCCUAUACGAACAGUAAGUAUUAAUUACCUCUCGUUAGCAAUAAAGCAAGUGACUUGAACGCGCGGGUGGCAGAGGUGCGCUAAACACUGCCAGUACGUACACGUUUCAUUCCGAGGUAGAUGUCUACUGUAAUAUGGAAUUUCUUGUUCUCGAACGCGCCUCUUAGCCCAACUUAACUAUUAUUCAGUACAAUAAGAUUAUUUUUUUAUUAAUACGUUAUUAUAUAUAUUAGCAAUAAAAUAGAAAAAUGGCGUUAAAUAAUUUCAAUUAAAUUUUUUGAUGUUUUGAUUUGGGAUAUUCGCUAGCCUUUUAAUGUACAUAUUACAGUUAAUUUUAAUUGUAGUCAUUUUUAAAUAAUAAUUUAAUAAUACACCUUAUAUGUAAUGUAAAUAAAUGUAAUUUGUAUAUAAAAAAAAGCGGCUCUAAUUUGCAAAUUUUAAAUAAAGUGGUCAGAGCCAAAAUAAAUUGUAGAACAGUUUAUCUGGUAAAGUGUAAAGUUUAUUAUUAUUAUCGAGUGGUGAUUAGAAUAGGACGGAGGUCAAUCCUUACUUAUUUUGUCGUAAGGAUAUGGCAAUCUGUCAACUCCAGUCACAUUCUGGUUGGAGCCUGAUGAAUUGAUGAUACACCUUGUCAUUCCGUAAAUUUGAACGACCCAGGUAACAAGUCAAUCUGUGUAACAGUCGUUCAAUGACAUUUUACCACGUAAGUGACUGACUGGUAUCAAAAUUGCCUUGUCUGCUGAGAAACAAUAGAACACGAAAUGUCGAGUAGCAAUUUCGUGUUUAUGUAGGACAUAAACACGAAAUCUACCGCCACCGGUACUGGACGUGUCUCCAAAAUGACGAGGCAGUGUUAUCAAACCAAACGUGGAUUUUCAAUUAUUGAAUUCAUAUGACAUAGUAUUUUUAAUUAUGCUCUCGUAAUCACUGAACAUUUUCAUUUGACAAAUUGUAAUUGGCUGUGGAUAUAGCAAGAUAAUGUAUCGCUGUGGUUGCGCUUUCCAAAUCUGAAUCGUGCACAAUUUUAAAGUUAUAGUGCUUGGGCAUUCCUUUCUUACUUAAUCCAAAAUCAUGCAGAUUUGGUAAACGCAGUUACGUUUAAUUAAUUAAAAUGUCGAAAAUUGUUGUAACGUUUCUCUUACCCUUGUAAAUAAUUAUGAUCGUGACAUGAGCCCAAAUGUGUUAAGCACCGAUUCGAUCGAACUGGAAUUAGAUUAAUGUGAGAGAUCUGUGGGCUCACCUAAAUGUAUUAUUAGUUCUGUGACAGACUAAUCGCAAUUAUUAUUUUUUUACUUUUGACAGUUACUUAAUUCCACUUAUUCCACUGCUUGUUUCAAGAUUCUAGGGGGUUGUCGUUGUGAUUCAAGAUGACUAAUUUUUUUUCUGGUUUUGCUCAUUAAUAUUGUUUAAAUUGUAAUAUUGAUAGCAUUAUAGCUUAUUAUGCAGUGAACUAUCGUGGAAGUGUGCAGUUAAUGAAAAAUGUUUUAAUCAACAUCUGGCAAUCCAUCGUGGCUUUUAGUAAAGUCCAGCUAUCUCUUUACUAAAAGCAAUUAUUAAAGGUUAACAACGACACUUGACCUUGGCAAAAUCAUAGAUUUGAUGGAGGCCAUAUUUUAAAAGAAGAUUAGUCUAUUCAAAUUUGACGCUUAAUUUCAGAUUAGAUCUAAUUCCAGUUUGGUUCAAUUUUGUCUAAAGUGUAGAAUCUGCGUUAUUAUUCCGAUACAACGCUAUAGAACUUAGAUUAUCGCCGCAAUCCGACAAAUUAAAUAUUAAGUAGUUAUUUUAUUACUACUACCACGCUACUACAGAAAUCUUUUUGUAAAUUGCCUGAUGCAAUGCGCUCCUAAGAAGAUUGCUUGAUUGUGUCUAUCCUUUUAAGGAUAGUUUCCGUUGAAACAGAAAGGUAGGAUUAUAUUAUAUUUCUGUCCUUAGCAAAAAUAGUCAAUGGAGUCCUACAAAAAGUUCGAUAUAAUUUUAGGAGGUCGUCGUGGGUCAACGAGUCAAGUAAACUAUAUUUAAUUCAAAUCUUGGUGGUAGAAAAAAUUAUGUUUGCCGAUUUAAAGUAGAACAUCACUACCAUCAUGUUGUAAUACUUAAAUAAGGUUGUGAUAUAGUUUCCACACAUAAAAGUUUUAAAGAGCAAUAAAGCGGAGGAAGCUUGAAUAUCUAGGCAAAACGAAAGGCUAAAGCACACCGCAAAUGCAGCCGUGAGCGCUACUCUCGCUCAUGUAUACGCGAAUGUUUUGUACACGUUUGAAUACGUAAAAUAUUUCAGAUGUUACUACUACUGACGGCGCCAAUUCCGCGUUUGCAACUCUGAUUUCAUUUACUUUCAACACGCCAUAAUAGCAUUUUAACUAUCGUUACUGUUGUACUGGAAAACUAACGAACGAUUCAGCACUAGUAUUCUACACACUAUUAUACUAGGUUUUGUUAUUAUUCACGUGAUGCACUUGCAGUUUAUAGGCAUUGUCAAUAUAAGUAUCAUGCUCAGAGACGUGUUAUAAUUCUUUGCAAUAUAUUUUUUUGAUAAUGCAUGUGCAAGUACAGCUCAUCUGAAAGCAUGGCACUAUUACAUCAAAGCGAUGUUAUUAUGUAAGUUAGAGUAACCAUUUUUAAGAUAUUGAUUAUAGAUAAAAUUGUCUAGAGCA